UUUAUAAGAGAGAGGAGAGAGGAAAAAAAAAAAGAGCUUUUGAUUAUGCUCUGAAGGAAAACUCAAGAUUAGAUUUCCAGGGAUCAGAUUCUAGCUCAUGACUUUCAUCUGAGAAAGAAGAUAAUCACUCUUUGUGCACAGGCACCCCAAUGUGUACCAGACCAGUAGGCAGAGGAGGUUGUUUCUAAAAAGCCAGCAAGGAUGCUGACAGCUGACUUCACAGUAGGGAAAGAAUAUUUUGCUGUGUCACCUGGGUGAAAUUGCUCUCUGCUUUUCUUAAGUGUGAAAAACUGGUGGGAGGAUGCAUCCAUACCAAUGGGAGCUGCAUGGGUUGUAGGAGACUCUGCAGAAGUUACAGCAGGGAGCAGAGAUACUCUGUGCUGUCUUUAUGGCAGCAUUAAAAGGGUAGGGUGUAGGAUGCCUCCUUUGCUGGUUACUGCUCCUUCAGAUUUGAAGACAAAUGCAUCACACAGUAGUGGAAGGGAGCCCCAGACAGCUGUCGAACAUGGUUACACUCAAUUGAUUUUCUUAGGGAUGUAAUACCUCCAAACCAGUACUGCCAUAUUCCUUAUUGCCAAGUCUUCCAGCAGCAAAUAAAAAUCAUGCAUCUGUUCUUCCUUUCCAUUUUAUCUUUGCUAUUGAAACACACUGGCAGCAGAGAAGUUUUAUUUGGUCAUAAUAAUUUCACAGAAUAUCAAGUGGGCAACAUGAACCUGAUCCUCUCUGUCCCACAUGGUGGGUCAAUGGAACCUGAAGACAUCCCUGAUCGAGAGGCUGGCUGUUGGGAUGCAGAGACAUCUUCUUGUAUUUUCUCUCAUGACUGUCCUCCUGGAAGCAUUCAAGACUAUAAGAACUGCAAAGUGUCUACCAACCAAGACAGGUAUACCAUAGAAGUGGCUCAGGUUCUUGCUGAAGAAAUCAACAAGAUUACUGAUGGCUUCUUCCCACAUAUCAUUAUAAAUCACCUACAGAGGUUCAAGAUGGAUGCUAACAGGGAAAAGGAAGAAGCCGCCUUUGGAAUUCCCCAAGCAGAACAGGCCUGGGAGGAUUAUAUGGGAUUUUUGACCACUGCAAAAUCACAGAUGACAAGGGGCCUGAUUCUAGAUAUCCAUGGACAAGCACAUCCUGAACAGUGGAUAGAACUAGGCUACACAGUUUCAAAAACUUCCCUUAAUUCUGGUGUCUUUUCUGCGUCAUGUUCCUCCAUUAGAUAUCUGGCCAAUCAGCUAGUUAGUGUGUCUUUUGAGACUCUGCUUGCAGGGAACAGAAGUUUGGGUAAAUAUAUUGAAGAACAAAAUAACAGUUAUGUUUGUGUGCCUUCUCCAUCCAAUCCUAGCCCCAAUAAUGGGAACUAUUAUAGUGGUGGAUACAUAACAAAGACUUUUGGCUCCCGUGAUUCUGGUGCCGUUGAUGCCAUUCAGUUGGAGCUACCCCAGUGGGUUAGGGCACCUGAAGAGCGUCUCAGAUUCUGUAAAGCAUUAGCAAGAGCUGUAAUGAAAUUCUGGCAAACUAAUUACUGUAGCCAAUCCAACCAUGAAUUUCUGCCAUGCUGAAAGAGACUGUCUUAAGAUACCUUUCCAUACUACAGUAAUGAUCUCGAACAACAAAACAACUGAUAUACCUGUAACUCUUAAACCUGCAAUAUAAUUCUGGAUGCUGGAGGAGAGACACUAACCUCUAAAGACAGACAUCAUCAAGAUAAAAUUCACAGAUAGUACCCAACAAAUCAGUUAACAAACAACUUUGUACUAGAUCCAGCACUGAAAAGACUGCCUGAAGGGUAUCUUUGGAAGUACUACUUGUCUGACAUGCUCUUUUGUUCUUAGCUUCUUCCCAGCAGUGUCCUCUCUCCUCUAGGAUACAAUAAACAACUAUUCUUCAAAAUAAUUCUUUGUAGUACAGUGUCUUAGUAGAUUAUCUGUUCAAAGAAAUGGAGUGUCUUUUCUUUUCUUGCAACACUUAAAACAACAACUGAGUAAUACCAUUGUUUAGAAUGUUUGGGGCUAGGACUAAUUUCCAUUUGGUGUCUUUAAAGCAUUAGGAGUUGGAACUCAACAAGUAAACUAAUGCUGUGCAGUGACAUACAGCCUGAACUACUUCAGGUUUUAUGCAAUGAAUUAUGAGAAAAAAGAGAGCAUUGCUAUAUAGUGCUGUAGUUUUGUCGCAAUUCAAAUAGCACAGCAAUAAGGUAGCAAUUGGAUGGAAGGCUGCUAAACACAACAUGUACACAUCAUGCAUUUUAGACAGUUUUCUUUACUGCAUGGUUCCUGUGGGAAAGGAAUUUGCAGGUGGCUUUGUGCUGUUUCAUGUGUCCCUGAAUUAGAGAUAAUGAGGAAACAAGCGGUAGAAACAAAAACUUGAGCAAGGUCGAGAUAAAGUAACUUGGCUACGGUGUUAAAGAUGAGCUUGGCAGUGGCCAAUUGCUGGCUGGCUCGAGGUGUGUGUCUGAGGGUCUCUAACCAAUUGUAUGACAGAUUUGGGCGUGUGGACAGCGCAUGGGGCUACGGGGAAAGUAUAUGUAAAGCAUAUAAGAGGGCCUGGCGACCCCCUCCGGGGGGCCGGGAUCCCAGAGUUGAUGGGGACCGAGCCGUUCCUUAAUCCGAGAUUGCAGGCUCGGCUCAACGAUGCCAUCCUGCGGCAGUCCGCGUCUCUGGCCCUCCAGGCUGUGCUGAAGUUACCUGAAGCGGGAAAAGUCGAGCCAUCGUUUACUAGCA